UGAUGAUGAUGAUUAAGAUUAAAUUUGUUUACGGGGAUCACUAUCAUCAUUAUAAUCACCACAGUGAGUUGAAGGAGCCUUUAAUUCAUCCUAUGCUAGCUUCAUUUCCUGCACCUACACCUCACUCUGAGCCUCAGCAAGGAUCAAGACCACCGCGUGUAUACAAGGUAACAAGUUAUGGUGCGGACCCAACGGGAAAAUCAGAUAGCACAGAGGCAUUUGAGCGAGCUUUCGCUGAUGCAAUUGGGGGACCGGAUCAAGGAUCAUUGAUGGAAGGAAUAACCAAUCUUGGAGGUGCACAAAUCGAUCUCCAAGGAGGCAACUAUCUCAUCGCCAGGUCUCUCCGCCUUUCGCCUCACCCAGUUGCCAACCUUUUGAUUCAUGGAGGAACCUUAACAGCUUCAAAAGAUUUCCCAGCAGAUGCCUUUUUGAUUGACUUAUCAUCUUCUUCACCCAAAACCGGAGGCUACAACUAUGAAUUCCUAACUCUGAAAGAUUUACUUCUGGAUUGUAACUAUAAAGGAGGUGGAAUUUCAGUAAUAAAUUCACUGAGAAUCACCAUUGAAAACUGCUACAUAACUCAUUUUACCAGCGACGGCAUUCUGGUUCAAGGAGGUCACGAGACGUACAUUCGAAACUCUUUCCUCGGCCAACACAUCACUGCCGGCGGCGACAAAGGCGAGAGAGACUUCACCGGAACGGCGAUUCGCCUAAUGGGCAACGAUAAUGCUGUCACAGAUGUGGUCAUCUUCUCUGCUGCCGUAGGGAUUUCGAUUGAAGGCCAAGCCAAUAUAAUAUCCGGCGUUCACUGUUAUAACAAAGCAACUGGAUUUGGGGGAAUCGGAAUCCACGUGAAGCUUCCUGGAUUAACACAGACAAGAAUCGUGAAUUGUUAUUUGGAUUAUACUGGAAUUGUAGCAGAAGAUCCAGUUCAAUUACUGGUAUCGAACAGUUUUUUCCUGGGCGACGCGUUUAUACUUCUGAAAUCGGUAAAGGGAAUUGCGAGUGGAGUGAGCAUUGUUGAUAAUAUGUUUUCUGGAUCUGACAGAGGGAUUGACAUUGUUCAAUUGGAUGGAGCUUUCGGAGAAGUUGAUCAAGUGAUUGUUGAGAGGAACAGUGUUAGAGGAAUGAGUUUGAAAUCAACUGUUGCGAGCAGCUCUGUUGAGGGGAAUGGGACUUCAUGGCUAGUUGAUUUUAAUCAACUUCUUCUGUUUCCAAACAGGAUCCGCCGUGUUCAGUAUUCUUUCAGUACUGGUGGUGAUAGUUCAUUCCCUAAUCACGCUCUGCGAAACACUUCUAAUAAUCGUGUGGUGAUCCAGUCGAAUCUUGCAGUCUCUGCAACUGUUUUUGUCACCGUGAAUCAACUAGCAUAAUAAAAUUUUUUUGUAUAAUUUUAUUUUUAUAUCUGAACUAUGAAAAAUGUGAAUAGG